AUGGCUCCCCAGGAAGAACUUGAUGGCCCAGAUUCCAUAUCCGAGGGCGAUUUGGAAUUUUAUCGAGAUGCACUAGAAUUCCCCUAUGAACUCGAUGAUUCUAUCCAGCGGCCUUUGUCCUCUCGUUCCGUCGUCAGGACCCCAAGCUCUAAAUACGGAGAUAAAACUAUCAUCAAGACACUCGAUGAUGUAACACCACAACCCCGGGUCCUGGAAGAAGGAGUGAAUGAAGUCAGCCACGAUGUCAAUAACACAAAUACAAGCGGACCCAGCGAGCUGCCUAAAGAGGAAGAUUUGGCCGACCAACGAUCAAUCAGCUCCCGGAUUUACCAAAAACGACAGGAACAGGACCAACGAGACUUGGAACGAAAACUAGAGCACGAGUCGAAGAAACAGCAUAGUGGAACCUCUCGGAGAGAACCAAGGAAGCUGACCAAGCGGCCUCCACCAGCUACUUCUAGCAGGGCCUCCAGCGCCAAUAGUCGUAUGCAGCGCCCGUCAACUGCAUCUUCUUUUAGGUCGUUCUGGUCAAACAGAUCCUCCAGAGCCAGCUCAAUUCAGGGAUCUGACACUGAUGGCCGGAAGCGGCUUUCUUUUCUGGGCUCUUUGAAAAUGGCGCAAAAAGGCGGAGGAGCUUGGCGUCCGCGGAUGUGGUCGAAGAAAUUCAAAGCCAAGGAUGCUGUGCCACAGAGAGGCCAUGUAUCUGAUUCCGAAGCACAGCCGGAACGUGCUCCAAGGCAUUCUUUACACACUGUCAAGAAACAUGGGGACCUCCGUUCUGUAGCCAGGUCACACUCCAAUGAGGAUGCUGAUGACCAGAAUUCGAGUCCGGCUGUUCAAGCCAAGAAGCCAGGCCACUCCCCUGAGGGUUUCCCUGAAUGCCACGAUGGCAAGGCUGACGCUCAUGAACCAAUAUUACAGGGAAGACCGUUCCAACCUGGGAAUGGCCAGUCAGCCCAGAAAGGUCAGGGCCAGAGCUCUCCAUCAUUCAAAGGAGUUGUUAUCGGGCCCAGCAGUAAGAAGAAAUGGUCGGCCCGUGCCCCUAUCGCAAAUAACAUCGAAUCACCAGGUCCAAUCUCCCCGUCAAGGAUACCGUUUUCUUCCUCGUUCAAAAGCCCUGUGGCCGAGACCCGGACAGACGAUAUCGGCAGCGCUUCCAUGGAUCAAUCGUUUUUUGUCAAGAUUCCAAAAACCCCAACUCAUGAUUUCGACAGGUCUAGAGAAAAUGCUGGCCAAACACCUAAGAAGGAAGAACAGGUGUCGCUUCAACCGCGGUCUCCCAAUAUAUCUAAGAAAAUCAACCGCAAUCCUGAUUUUCGUGCCUCUCCAAAAGCUGAUGCCAAGAAGCCUACGGAGUUGUUUGAGGUUGUAGACCUUCCCCGUGACAAUGACCCAGUAGCGGAGUCGAAUAACGAGCCUGAUAUCCAUGAUAAACCUACAACUGAGGAACAAGAUCCCUCCUGCACUUCCGAUACAGCCGUUAUUGUCGAUGGCAUGCCCGCAGCUAGUUCAGAUUUCAAUAAUUACGACAACAAACCAAAGACGACCGUUAAUUUCAGCCGAACAGCGCGGUUGCGGCCAUCUCCGCUAUCAGGGCCUCCUCUCUUCAGUCCAGAACCCAAGGGUUCAGCAACGAGCAACGGCGAUACUGAUCCAAUUUGUGCUGGAAUUGCAGUUCAGCCAAUGGUCACUUUCCCAACCGGACAAGGACACCAACUUGUUGCAGAAUCAAUUCCUGCUGGAACCCGUCAACUUUCUCUUGACCGUUUUCUGAGACCUGGUAGGGCAAAGAAGGCAUCCAUAAAUGAGAUAGAUACCCCUCCUGCUAAGCAAGCAGUGCUUGAUUUUAAUGCAGAAACCACAAAUGAUACGAACGGUCCAGGUAAAGGUCACUCAGAGGGUCAGACUUCUACAAAUGUGGCAUCCAAGUCUGAUGGCAAGUCAAAAGUCAUUGACAGCGCACAAGGCGGCGCCCUCUCGCUUGGGAAUGGCGAGCAGAAAUUAGCUACUAAUGAUGGUAAUACGGCAAGGCCACACCGUAAUUCGAUUGAUAUCAUCAAUAAGUUACGUCCGUCACUGGGCAAGACCGAGGCGAAGCUAAAAAAAAAGCGACCAAUUUCGGCUGAGGUCAACUCGAUCUCCACCUCGGUUGAGAAACCGCCGUCUAGUCACCCCAGUAGUCCAGUUGCUCCAAAUUCUCCUCUUCCUUCCCCUGAAAACACAAGUCCGGGCCAUCCUUCUUCCCCUGCUAGCAUAUCAGCUCUUAGGAGUAUGAAAGAAGAAGGAAAUAGCUACUUUACUAAGCCAGUAGGCAAGCCAUGGCUUGGGUCGGAUCAUAUUUCAAGCUCUUCUAGCUUGCUUGGAUUUUCCAGUGUGAGCCCCGGCUCAUCCAGAGGCAGCCGCCCUACUAAUUCAGGUCAGCGUAUUGCGAAGAUGUUUGUAAUAUGCUGCAAAUGCAAGUUCUGGCAUGAUAUGCCGUCAGAUGCCUACGCUAAACUUGCGUUCCCUACUGUUGCUGCAUUGAAGAAUAAAUUGAUAACAGGGCCUACCCAAAGCUCUCGACAUUCGGAGGAAGAUGGAGGUGCAGGAUGGCCAAGUAUUUCGGAGCCGUCCAGUCCACAGCCAAAUAAGAUGGACGAUGAGACUAGGGCCAGCGCCAAUUUGAUAGGCACUGGAAGUCAUGGUAGUAGGCAAAGCACAAACACGAUGAACAGUGGCAAAAUAUCCCCUCCAUCUGCCUUCUCCCGCUUCUCAUUCCUCAACCAGUCGGUCAUUAAAUGCUGUUGGUGUGAGCACAGAAUGUCCCGAACAUGCUGUGCAGGGUGGACCGCGCUUGUUCAGCUACGGGAGCGUCACCACUAA